AUGUUUUCUCAAGUACAGUCGAGUUCUGCGGGUCAAGGAAACAAUCCUGGGCUCUAUGAGGAAGUCAAAUUAUACAGAACAGCAAGAGAAAGGGAAAAAUAUGACAACAUGGCAGAUCUGUAUGCGGUUAUAAACACUCUCCAAAGUCUGGAAAAGGCUUACAUCCGAGAUGCAGUGCUAGCUAAAGAGUACACAGCCACAUGCUCCAAACUACUAGUGCAAUAUAAGGCAGCAUUCAAGCAGGUCCAGAGUGAUUUCUCCACGGUUGAAGAGUUUAUGAAGAAGUACCGGUUGGACUGCCCUGCAGCGCUGGAAAGAAUUAAAGAAGAUCGUCCCAUUACUAUUAAAGAUGACAAGGGAAACACAAGCAAGUGCAUUGCUGAUAUUGUUUCUUUGUUUAUUACUAUCAUGGACAAACUUCGCUUAGAGAUACGAGCUAUGGAUGAAAUACAUCCAGACCUCCGAGAAUUAUCAGAAACAAUGACCAGAUUGAGCAUUUUACCAGCAGAUUUUGAAGGGAAACAAAAA